CAAAUUCAACACAUACCUGUCCUGGGAAAGCGAGGCGAGGACCUGCACUCCUCGAAAGACGCUUAGCAAGGCUCGACGAGGUGGAGAUUGCCACUAAUAGUUUGAAUAGUCUCGGACGGCGGAUCCUCGGGCGAGCUGUGCUAUAGGCGCAUGAUGAUCCCUUGUGCUUCUACUCGACCUCUGCGGGGUAAUGCGCGGGGAAAUCGAGCGGUGGAAACACCUCAACUCGCUGUGCCUGGGCUGUCACAAUGCCCACUCUGACCACGGACGGUGGUCCGCGUCUCCCGAGUGGUUUCGUGCCGUAGCCUCGGUAGGAGCUAGGCUUGCACGGUGCGCAGAUAAAGACGUGGAAGGCCUUCGUGGGGCUUCGCGAACGCUUUCAUUUGACGGGUCGCCUCCUCGUUGACGCUAUCUGCGCAAACCGAACAGGUCUACUGGUUGCCGAGGCGGCGAUUUGGUCGAGAUGUCUAAAGACAGAGUGGGCGACGUCGAGCAUGUCGAUCAGUCCUCGUUGGACGAUUCGCAGAAACCUCCUCUCGAAGAUGAAGUUCCGCACCACUCGGAUCUUGCUGAGGUCCUCGCGAAGGAGAAACCGGAUCCAUGGUCCAGAAGCAUGCUCAGACUUUAUUGCGUCGUCUUCGUCGCUUAUCUGUGCUCGGCGACGAACGGCUUCGAUUCGAACACGUUCGGAGGCGCGUCUGCGAUGACGAGUUUCCAAGUUUUCUUCGAUGUGGAUGGAGGGUCAAAACAAGGUCUUCUUGCAGCGUCGUACGUGAUUGGCAACAUGGUGGGAUCCCUCGGAGCGGGCCAAGUCUCGGACAAGUGGGGGCGACGAGUCGGCAUGGGUGUAGGCUCCUUCAUUUGUUUAGUCGGCGCCAUUUUCCAGGCUGCUGCUCAAGAUGUAAACUACCUCAUCGCCGGGCGUGUGGUCCUCGGAUUGGGUGCCGUGAUUGCACAGACCGCAGGACCGGCAUACGUCGUGGAAAUGUCACACCCUGCAUACCGAGGUAUCAUGACUGGAGCCUAUCAAGCCAACUUCUUCCUCGGAACGAUCAUAUCAACUUGGAUUGAGUUCGGUCUUUCGUAUGUCCCAGGAGAUCCGGAUUUCCAAUGGAGGUUGCCCUUCGGCCUUCAAGCGUUGCCAUCUGUCCUCGUCCUCGUGUUUAUCUGGUUUAUUCCUGAGACACCCCGUUGGUACAUAGGACAUGGUGAAGAUGAGAAGGCGCGCAAGAUCCUUGCCAAGUAUCACGGCCGGGGAGACGAGGACAGCGCCAUAGUCAAUCUGCAGAUGAAGGAGAUGAAGGAAGUCAUCGAAGUCGAGAACGGAACCGACAAAAGAUGGUGGGAUAUCCGCGGUCUUCUGCGAACUAGGUCGGAUCGCCACCGAUUCUUCCUCGUCACUUGCAUUGCCUUCUUCGGCCAGUGGGAUCUCCCGCCGACCAGUUACUAUUUCCCUCUAAUGGUAGAGAAGGCUGGCGUGACAAAUGAACACAUGGUUCUCAUGCUCAACGCCCUCCAGACGCCUAUCAUGAUGGCUGCAGCCCUGAGUGGCCUGCGUUUUAUUGAGAAGUGGGGGAGACGACCCACGCUCAUGUUCAGUUCGACGGGGAUGGCGCUCUCUGUCGUUGUCAUUACGGUAUGUACUGCGUUGACGCCAACUCACCCGCAAGCCGGAGCUGUGGGCAUCGCUUUCUUGUACAUUUUCCUGGUCGUUUUCGCAUUCGUAUGGACGCCCAUGCAGUCAUUGUACCCUGUCGAAGUCCUGUCAUACAACAAUCGCGCGAAGGGCUUGGCUGUCAUGAACCUUUUCAUCAAUGCCUGUGGGCUAUUCAACACGUACCUGCCUCCUGUCGCUAUUGGCAACGUAGGCUGGCGGUUCUACCUGUUUUAUGCGUCCUUCGAUGCCCUGGGCAUUAUCGUCAUCUACUUCACGUUCGUCGAGACAAAGGGACGCAAUCUGGAGGAGAUCGACUUGAUCUUCCAGUCUCCGCAUCCUGUGCGCACCUCGUUGGAGAAGCCUUAGAUCGGCGGAUAGGUAUAUGCGCUGUCUUCGCCGGAACCCACACGAGGGAAGAUCAGCAGCUGACAGGCGUUCCGGUCCUUUUUCGCUCUUGUACUUGUACCAUGACAGUUGGAAUGCUUUCAUCCUUUCGAGGUUGGUAUCGGGAUGUACGGAACAUUCACCAUGGCAGUGUGGGUAGCAGCCUCGGGCU